UUUUUUUGACAAAAUGUCAACCACAACCGGCGGCGGAGAGUUUGGCAACCCUCUACGAAAGUUCAAGCUCGUCUUCCUGGGCGAACAGAGUGUUGGGAAGACCUCGCUCAUCACCAGGUUUAUGUAUGACAGUUUCGACAACACUUAUCAGGCAACUAUUGGCAUUGACUUUUUGUCAAAAACCAUGUACCUAGAAGAUCGCACGGUCCGGCUCCAGCUUUGGGACACUGCUGGACAGGAGCGUUUUCGUAGCCUUAUUCCCAGCUACAUCCGUGACUCUACCAUUGCUGUGGUUGUUUAUGACAUCACCAAUCUUAAUUCAUUCCAACAAACUUCAAAGUGGAUUGAUGAUGUUAGAACAGAGAGAGGAAGUGAUGUCAUUAUCAUGCUUGUUGGAAACAAAACAGACUUGGCGGAUAAAAGACAGAUCACCACGGAGGAGGGCGAGCAGAGAGCUAAGGAACUGAAUGUCAUGUUCAUUGAAACCAGCGCAAAGACUGGCUACAAUGUCAAACAGCUGUUCCGUCGUGUUGCUGCUGCAUUGCCUGGUAUGGAUAGCACACCAGAGAAAAGCAAAGAGGACAUGAUCGACAUCAAACUGGAGAAACAGCCAGAGAUGACUGUCACCGAGAGCAGCUGCUCAUGCUAGUACACCUCACCCCCACCCAGCCUGUCUCCUCCCCACCAACAGCUUGUCUCUCAGUGGCCACUCUCUCCACCCCUUGGCACACUGCCAUUGGAAUGGAGGACCCGUCGUUUUUUUUCCCUUUUCAACUCAGUGACUUUUCAGAGUAACCGUGUGGAUGUGCAUUACUGUAUUGAAACAGAUUAUCUGGGGGAAAAAAAGGUUCAAAAGUAAACAUUUAAAACAAGGAAUAAGUUCAAUGAUAUGUUCAGAUUUUCAUCCAGUUGCAUGGCAUUAUAUGGGAUUGCAGACUGACAUAGCUAACUGCUCAUGAGUUAUUGCACAGUUCAGAAUCUUAGUGCUGUUACUCUCGUCAUUGUUGUAAAGUAAAACUGCUUUGGAUUAUUUAAAUGACUCUGCAAGGUUGAGUUCUCAGCCCGUUACAUGUAUUUUUAUUUUCUUUUUUUUUUUUUAAAUUUUCAAUGGAGAGUUUGCGUAAACAUUCUCUAAACUAUAUCUUCUCUCAGAUGACUGAUUAUUUCUCCACUUUGUCUUAUUUUGAGGAAGUACAGACAGGAUCUUACCAGUGAAUUUCAUCACAUUGCCACAUAAGAUUCAAAUUAACCCUUUUCACUGAGUAUCAAUGGAACCAUUCAUUAGAUAUUAUCUUAACACAUCUGUAGGCAUAAUCCGCCAAAUACAACAGUGUGUUUAGUAAACCAGAUUUACAUAAUUUUAGACCCUAAGCCAAACAGUGCUGCAAAAGGGAUGUAAAACCAAGUAAUGAGGAAAUAGGGAUCAUUUCCAUCAAAGGGAGGCCAUCCCAAGUUCAUUCGAAUGGCUACUAACCUGAAACUAUGUCAAUAAAUUUAUAGCAACUCUCUUUCCAACGUCGUCAAAUUAGCUGCACGCAUACUAACAUGUCUGAGGAGAAGUUUUUCAGUUAUUAGAUGCCCCUUAAUGUAUAAACAAAAAAGAAGGCCAGUGUUUAGUUUUUCCACAUUGAUGGAAAGUUGUCACUUUGGUCGCUAUGACGUACCCACCAUCUCAUUGAUAAUUUGUGUUGUGUUGAUUACACUAUUGCAAGAACUUGCAGCAUGCUCACCAUGCAGGAUUUAUAUGGAUAAGAACACAGAUGCCUUGCUUGUUUGUUCACCAACGUUGUGCACUGAAUCAAGCCACAAUAUUGUAAAAUAUAAAAGAAGCCUGCUGACUGGUUCAUGGCUUCACUAGUUGUUUUGUAGAGCUGGUAGAUAAAGAUUUUGUCCUCAGAUACAGCUAACGCUUACUAACACCCUUGCUGUAAAAAAUUGCAGAGAAGUUAGUUGCAGUAUCCUUCGCUGUAUUGCUAUUGCCUGUGUAGGACUGUUGGUUUUAUGUGUUUAUUUAUUUUGUAACUUGGACAUAAAUAACAUUGUACGCUUGACCAAAAGUACAGAUGCUGACACGCAUGUUGGAAGUUUGUUUUAUUUAUUGUUUGCGUGUCUGCUGGGACUCCAGCCAAAGGCAACAUUUAGGCCUGGUAAUGUUUUUCCUGUCGCACUGCUAGAAAGGACUUUUUGCAGUGUGUGUAGUCAGUAGUUUGGUUUACAGUCACAGGUUAAAGGCUGCACUGUCUCCAGACACACACAAAUACACAAACACACACAGUGUACAGUAAUACAAGCCAACUAACUAGCCAUAGCACAACAUAAGACACUGGUCAUUUGCAUAGUAGCUUGUUUUGAACUGUCAACAUUUUAAAAAUGGAUUUAAAAAUUUAAGUAUUUAAUUACAUCAAACAUUUUAACAUGAGCAGCUCUUGUACUACUUGUCACGACUAAAUACUCAGCUUUGUGCUAUUCUGAAUUGUGUCUGUCCAUUUGAAAUAUGCUGUCUACUCGUGUUUAGCAACGUUUGUGUGAAUACUAUUACUAUCUGAUGUAUAAAAAGGAGAGUUAAUGAAACACAAGUGUAGGCUUAUCACAUGGAAUAAAAUAAAGAUAUUUCACCAAAGUGUAA